CACCUCAAGGCGGUCAAGGGCAGCCUUUCUUCUCCAUCGAGCCGUGCGACCACAUCAUCUUCAUGUCCCUACUCAAAUUGACCUAAAUCAGGCUACUGGGAAUUUCAAUCCAACCACCGAGCGAGGGAUUAUUAAAUUAUUAUAACAUACAUUUGCUGGUUAUGUCUUGAAUGGCUGCGAUGCCCACACAUGGAACCAAAGAAGAAGGAUGGAUCGCUACGACUUUUGAGCGAAAAUACUACCAUCGUGAGCAAGUGUUCAUCAAGAGAAGCCUCCGUCCAAAUGAGUACCGCACCGGAUUUCGCGGUCUGCACGUCCCUCGCCUCGGCAAAGAACGUCUAAUAAACGAAGCUACUUCUCUACGCUUCAUUCGACAGCAUACUAAUAUACCAGUGCCGACUGUAUACUGCCAUUUCGAGGAUGACGGAGCAUAUGACUUGAUCACGGAGUAUAUUGAAGGUGUGAGUAUGUCCGAGCUUCUGGAAGAACAGAAAGCUCUCGUUCGCGAAGAGCUCGAGAACCACUUGGCGACACUUAAGACUCUGAAGGCCUGCCGCCUUGGAGGACCAUCGGGGAUUGUAAUUCCUCCCUACCGAGUUUUGCAACAUACGGAGAUGGACCACUGGCGUCUUCGGGAAUCAAGGUACGAGGCAUACGUAUUCUGUCACAACGAUCUAUCUCAGCAAAAUGUCAUCGUCGACCCGCACACAUUCGAAAUAAGAGGAAUAAUCGAUUGGGAAUAUGCUGGUUUCUUCCCGCCUGGCUUUGAAUACCCUUUCUACCGCAGACUUGGCCCUUCAUCAGCUAUCGACGGUGAAGUUGAUGACUCAUACGAUUUGCUACAGUUUCUUCAUUCCGAAGCAGAGUGAGCUUUCAAGCCGUGAACAUUGAAAACAUGCGACCAAGCAUAGGUCCGUCCCUGUGAGGCAUUCAAGGACCGCGUAUUGCGCGACGUGCGCUGCUCCAUUCUCGAGUCUGACACCCUAGAGAUCGUGGA